AAGCCAUAUGUCUUCGACAGAGUGCUGCCUCCUACCACGACCCAAGAGCAGGUUUACAACGCGUGUGCAAAGCAAAUUGUCAAAGAUGUCCUUGAGGGUUAUAAUGGGACAAUUUUUGCGUAUGGACAGACAUCAUCAGGAAAAACGCACACCAUGGAGGGGAAGCUACACGACCCUCAACUCAUGGGCAUCAUCCCAAGGAUCGCACACGACAUCUUUGACCACAUCUAUUCCAUGGACGAGAACCUGGAGUUCCACAUCAAGGUUUCCUAUUUUGAAAUCUACCUGGACAAAAUCAGGGACUUACUCGAUGUAUCCAAGACAAACUUGGCUGUUCAUGAAGAUAAAAACAGAGUCCCGUACGUAAAGGGGUGCACCGAGCGGUUUGUGUCAAGCCCCGAGGAGGUCAUGGACGUGAUAGAUGAAGGCAAAGCAAACCGCCACGUGGCUGUAACGAACAUGAAUGAACACAGCUCUAGAAGUCACAGUAUCUUCCUGAUUAAUAUUAAACAAGAGAAUGUAGAGACUGAAAAAAAACUCAGUGGGAAGCUUUAUCUAGUUGAUUUGGCUGGGAGCGAAAAGGUCAGCAAAACUGGUGCCGAGGGAGCUGUUCUCGACGAAGCUAAAAAUAUCAAUAAGUCUUUGUCUGCUCUUGGAAACGUGAUCUCUGCCUUGGCAGAAGGGACAAAAACACACGUGCCAUACCGGGACAGCAAGAUGACUCGGAUUCUUCAGGACUCUCUGGGCGGGAACUGUAGAACCACCAUCGUUAUUUGCUGUUCUCCCUCGGUGUUCAAUGAAGCUGAGACCAAGUCAACGCUAAUGUUUGGACAAAGGGCUAAGACCAUCAAGAAUACAGUCUCUGUGAACCUGGAGCUGACAGCGGAAGAAUGGAAGAAGAAAUAUGAAAAAGAGAAAGAGAAAAACAAGACUUUGAAGAAUGUUCUCCAGCAUCUGGAGAUGGAGCUAAACAGGUGGAGAAAUGGAGAAGCUGUGCCUGAGGAUGAACAGAUCAGUGCUAAGGACCAGAAGUCCCUGGAGCCCUGUGAUAACACCCCCGUCAUAGACAACAUUGUUCCUGUGGUUGCUGGCAUCUCUGCAGAGGAGAAGGAGAAGUAUGAUGAGGAGAUCUCCAGUCUCUACCGACAACUGGAUGAUAAGGAUGAUGAAAUUAACCAGCAGAGCCAGCUGGCUGAAAAGCUAAAGCAACAGAUGUUGGAUCAGGAUGAGCUUUUAGCUUCUACAAGAAGAGACUAUGAGAAGAUUCAGGAGGAGCUGACACGUCUCCAGAUUGAAAAUGAGGCAGCCAAAGAUGAGGUGAAAGAAGUUCUCCAGGCCUUGGAGGAGCUGGCUGUCAAUUACGACCAGAAGUCACAGGAAGUGGAGGACAAGACCAGGGCCAAUGAGCAGCUGACAGAUGAGCUGGCCCAGAAAACGACUACAUUGACAACCACACAAAGAGAGCUGAGCCAGCUGCAGGAGCUUAGCAAUCACCAGAAAAAGAGGGCUACCGAGAUCCUGAAUUUGCUGCUGAAGGAUCUGGGGGAGAUAGGAGGAAUUAUUGGCACCAAUGAUGUGAAGACUUUGGCAGAUGUGAAUGGAGUCAUCGAGGAGGAAUUCACCAUGGCCCGGCUGUACAUCAGCAAGAUGAAGUCGGAGGUUAAAUCUCUGGUGAACCGCAGUAAACAGCUUGAGAGCGCCCAGAUGGACUCCAACAGGAAGAUGAACGCCAGUGAGCGGGAGCUGGCAGCCUGCCAGCUGCUCAUCUCCCAGCAUGAAGCCAAGAUCAAAUCCCUGACAGACUACAUGCAGAACAUGGAGCAGAAGAGGAGGCAGCUGGAAGAGUCCCAAGACUCGCUCAGUGAAGAGCUGGCCAAGCUCCGAGCCCAAGAAAAAAUGCAUGAAGUCAGCUUCCAGGAUAAAGAAAAGGAACAUCUGACCCGGCUGCAGGACGCUGAGGAAAUGAAGAAGGCGCUGGAGCAGCAGAUGGAGAGCCACCGGGAAGCUCAUCAGAAGCAGCUGUCCAGACUCCGAGAUGAAAUCGAGGAGAAGCAGAAAAUCAUCGAUGAGAUUCGGGAUUUGAAUCAGAAACUGCAACUGGAACAGGAGAAGCUCAGUUCUGAUUAUAACAAGCUGAAAAUAGAGGACCAAGAGAGAGAAAUGAAACUGGAAAAGCUCUUAUUGCUCAAUGAUAAAAGAGAACAAGCCAGAGAGGACCUCAAAGGGCUGGAGGAGACAGUGUCUCGAGAGCUACAGACUCUGCACAACCUCCGUAAACUCUUCGUCCAGGAUCUGACCGCCCGGGUUAAAAAAAGUGUAGAGCUGGACAGCGACGAGGGAGGAGGCAGUGCUGCCCAGAAGCAGAAAAUUUCCUUCCUGGAGAAUAACCUGGAGCAGCUCACUAAGGUCCACAAACAGCUGGUCCGGGACAACGCAGACCUGCGCUGUGAGCUGCCCAAGCUGGAGAAGCGCCUGCGUGCCACGGCCGAGCGCGUCAAGGCACUGGAGAGCGCGCUGAAGGAGGCCAAGGAGAACGCCAUGCGGGACCGCAAGCGCUACCAGCAGGAGGUGGACCGCAUCAAGGAGGCUGUGCGAGCCAAGAACAUGGCCAGGAGGGCCCACUCGGCCCAGAUCGCCAAGCCCAUCCGCCCUGGACACUACCCAGCAUCGUCUCCAACGGCCGUCCACGCCAUCCGAGGGGGAGGAGGCAGCUCUUCAAACUCCACUCACUACCAGAAAUAAACACGAAAUACGACUCUCCACGUAGCAUGUCAAGGACUACAUUAAUCACCAAUUCCUUUACUUUUUUUCCCUCCUACACAAUUUCCAUUUUCUUUUACACUUGCUCACCCCAGCCAUCUGCAGUACACCAGUUUCAGAUAUUUGAGCUGUGUAGAGUUUCUGUGUACAGAUGUGUGCUUGGACUUUUCUCUUCCCGAGAAAUCUGAAGGGGGCGAUUACAGAAGAUCCACUUACUCCCGGGAUCUGUUGCUGUGGCCCCGGACUCGGGGCAUUGGGUGGUCCCUGGGUGGUCCUUGGAGACUCCUUCUCUGCAGCCACGUCCCAGCAAAUACCAUUCCCUGGAGGGGAACAACCAAGUGCCGUGGAGGCAGCAGCUUCUGCUUCGCCGCCGCAACUGUCUGGUUUCCUGUAAAAUAAACACAUUACUUUAUAUUUUUAGGGAACACAAAAGUGCUGCUAUAGGGCGCAAAAUUUUCAUUCUGGACGCUUUUCCAAUACAAAUCACCCCAAAGACGCAUUUUGAAUAUCCUGGUCGCAUCUUUGGAUCUGUAAAAUGCACCUUUUAGUAUGGCAUCCGUUAAAAUGCAAAGCAAAUUUCUUCGAGGCAGAAAAACAAUCUGACAGUAGCAAUGUAGAAAUUGUUCACUCAGACACAUCUGUGUAAAUGCGAAAAGUGAUAGCAUUCACCUCUGAGCUGCUUGCUAUUGAACCUGCAGUGACUAGUCUCGGCCAGCCCAGGUAGAACAUCAUUCCUUCAGAAGUGUUGAAAAUGCUGCAAAGUUGGAUGAGUGGAAAUGCGGCUGCCCCCCUCCUUGCUUCCUCUUCCCUCAUCCUACUGGAGCUUGCAUCAGGGAUGGCCUCUUUCUCUACGGAACCAUCUUGAGCCUGGUGGGGGUAUUGCUGACGAAAUCCAGGAUCAUUCCAGCAGUUGAAAAAGGAAGCCCUAGGGGGAAAGCAAUUGACAUAUCUUUGUGCCUGUGAAUAAGUUGCCAUGAAUAAUGUGUUACAUUAACCCAUCCUUGCCGACCACUUAGUUGAGUUCUCUCCUUGGCAUCAAAUAGAUAGGUUUCCUCUUAGGCAGAAUUAGAAGAAAUCGGUGUGGACGGAUUUUUUACAUUCGGCUACUGUUUUAUUCAAAUACAUGAAUCUAGAGCUGAAUCAACUCUUAUUUCCAGUUGUGCAUAUUAAAAUGAUCGGAUUCCAAGUAGUAAAGUUUCAGGGAAACUGACAAGGAUUCAAUUAAGUUAGUCUUGUGUGCUGCUACUUGUUUUGAUAAAUUUGAGGGUUAACUACUUGUUUUGAUAAGUUUGAGGGUUAAGUCAGUGAUAACCAAACCAGUCUCAGUGAAAGCACCCAUCCUAUGGUUGUGUCAGCCCAGGAUGAGUGAGCUGGUACUGUCCCUGCUGCUGUCACCACUGGAAUGAAAUUUUGCCAGAAGAGACGUUGCGCUUUCUCAUUGCUGGUGGGUGAAAGAUAGUUCAAGUGUGUGUGUGUGUGUGUGUGUGUGUGUGUGUGUGUGUGUCUGUGUGUGUCUGUGUGUGUCUGUGCGUUUGUGUCUGUGGAUAAAGCACUAAAGACUGAAUUGACUUCUAGACUUUUCUUGUAUAAAAUUUCCCUAACCAAGCAAAGCUGCUUUGACUUAAUUUAUUUGUUAAAUGUUGCACUUUGUUUAUGUGUGGGUUUUUUUUGGGGGGGGGCAGCUAGUAAGUAGAGAGAAGAGGACGAAUUCUACUGACGUAUUUAUUUAGUAAAAAUGACAAUUUUGCAUUCAUUUACGUUUUAAAAAUUCUGUCUGAUUUUUUUUACAUUGUUGCUAAUGCUCGCCCAACAUAACUGCUCCAAUGCUAUUUGCCGUCUGACAGAAGGAUCCUUGUAGGGCAGGCUUUGCAAACCUUAUCAGGUAAUAACAUACGCCAUAGAUGAUAACCUUGCUGUUGAGAUGUUUGCCUCUUAUAUUAGAAGUUAAAACCGGCCUUUGAGAGGAUCGCCAAAUAAUAAAUUGUCAUACCACUGCUGUCUGUUAUGCAACUGUGUAAUAACUCCAUAGUUGGAAAUUGAACAAAGGUUAGGCAUUCUUUCCUUCAGGCUCUCUUGUUAACAGAUUAUUUUAGAUUUUUUCCGAAGUAAGUUUUCCCUGGGCACCCCUUUUCUAAUUCUAAAGAAGUGUUUGGCCCUUUCAUGUUUCAAAAAGAAACAUUCGCUUGUAGUUCCAUAUUUCUUGAUCUCUAUAAGGGACUCACAAAAUUCAGUUUCCUUUUAUUCACAGAGAAAGUUGGCUUUGAUGUCUCUUAAAGAUAAUUCUGCUAGCUGCUGAUCAGCCAGUCAGUUCACCUAGCUUCAGUCUUUAUAGGACCUCUAAACUAAUUUUCCUACACUGUGACUGAAAGGUAGGCAGAUCGUGGGAAUGGAUUAUACGGUAUAUUCAAAUGGAUCUCUAAUAUUACUUUGUCUAAUAAGGUAAUAUCAGGACCACAUAUUCUGUAGGCCUCUUUUGUUAAAAGCCACAUUUAUGCAGUUUUCACUUUUUUAGGCUAUUGUUCCUUUACAUUUGUACUCCAGGCGUAAAAACCACACUUGUGAAUGGCUGAGCCUAUGAUUAUACUUUCGGUUGUAUGCUGCUUUUUACUAGUGUGUGUGUGCUUGUGUGUGUGUGUUUCUCCUCUCUGAAUCAUUUUAUAUUUCGUGCUACUUCUUGAAAGUUUACUCUUUGAUGCUGAAAGGGAAUAACCAGAUGAUUUCUAAAAAUAAUGUCUCCCUGCAGGAUGGUGGCUUGUUAAAUUAGAGGAAUGCUGUUUGCUAUAUCAACAUGUAUGGUCAGAGGCUAAAAUAUAUUAACGCCAAGUGUGUUUUGGUCAAUAACUGGAGAAUUCUGUUUAAAUGCAUCAUCUCUUCCAACGUUUUACAGUUUGCCAUGUGGAAUGGCAGGUAGUAGGGAGAAAAAUAAGUGUGGAUUAAGACUUUUAAAGGAAAUAGUUUCAUAUGAUUAAGAAAAUUAGAAUUCGUAGAAAUACUGGGAUAAGUGAAGAAAUAAAAACGUCUGUCUAGAAUGUAGCACCUAGAGAGUUUUUGGAAGCCCUACCUUCACAUGAGGGCGUGAUAUUCCUAUCCAAAGCCAGACUAAGCCAUCAGCAGGACGCAUGGGGGGAUUAUUACCUCUCCUUUCCUAGAGGAAUAACCGAAAGCAAAUAAAAAUUCUUAACAGUCCCCUCUUUGAAGUGUAUUUUUUAAGCAAGGUGGAAAACAUUUAGACUCUGGCUUUAUGACACAUUAGGGAAGUUGUUUGUUGGCAGGGGGCAGGAGGCGGGGGACCCGGAGGAUUUCACUUAUAGAUUGUCUCACCCGCAUAUUGUGAGCAAGCUAAAGGAACCAUCCCACUCUAAAAUGCCUUCAUUGAACAAUAACAGUUUAUAGACUUUUUAGAAAGUAUUGAAUAAGGGUCAGGGAACAGCCGAAGGCAGUACCGCUCCGUGAAGUCUGCUUACACAUUUACUAAUUGUCCAUCAGUUUAAAAUACUUUUCACCGUGUGCAGAUAUAAGGGGAAUAGGGCACUCUGUAGAAUGAUACAUGUCUAGUUUGUAAAGUAUGUCGUGUGUACUGCAGAUGUAUGUUCUCUGGGCUUUGUGUAUCUGUACAGUAGCUUUCAUUAAAACAAAAUUGUGGACUAACUUGUUUUGGUGGUGUGAGGGGGAGAAGGGCCGUUUAUAUCAAGUAACGAUGCUGUAAUAUAGUACAUGUAACAGAAGAUCUGGAGUAACCCUUCCCUGGCCCGUGGAAAAUUUUGGUGAUCUUCUAGGUUCUGAAAUGAAGAUGUAUGGAUAUUCUGGCGGACUGCAUGUUGUAUAAUUUGAAAAAUACUAAAAGUGGAAAAUAAAAUUGAAUUAAACUUUG